AAUUGGGGGGAGAGAGAAAAGGGGGGGAAAGGGUCUGUCCUUCCUGGGAUUCCUAGCCGAGGCCAGUCUGCUGCCGUGUGCGUGUGCGUCAGGGCUCUCCGGGCAGCAAUGGGGGCUUGAGAGCCGGUUCCCUCGCGCCGGGAAGGGAGCGCGGUGGCCGCCACCGCCCCGGAGUCAGGCGCCGAAGCUGCGGGCGGGCAGGCGGGCGGGCACGGGCGCUGGCUGGGGCUGCUUGGCGCGGCACGGUGCGGUGCGGCGGCGGCGCGGCGCGGCGCGGCGGUGCGGGCUUUUCCCAGGCGCCCCGGGGUCGGGUGGCACUGAGCGCGACCGGCUCGCGGCGGCGGUGGCGGCGUGCGUGCUAGGGGCCGGGGGCUCCGCCGCUGCGCCCGCGGCUCACCGGGCUCCGCGCUUCCCUCUCUCCAGGGCAGGCGGCUUCGCGGAGCACAACAGCUCCAGUUGGCAGCAUCACCUCCCACCAAUUUAUCCAACUUCUGCCAAGACUCUGAAAUGCCAACUAUGUCGAGGCCUGCACUUGAUGUCAAGGGUGGCACCUCACCUGUGAAGGAGAAUGCCAACCCAGAGAUGAACUCUCUGGCCUACUCUAACCUGGGGGUGAAAGAUCGCAAAGCGGUGGCCAUCCUGCACUACCCUGGGGUAGCCUCGAAUGGAACCAAGGCCAGUGGGGCUCCCACUAGUUCCUCGGGAUCUCCAUCUCCAAUAAGUUCUCCUACUGCUACCCCUCCCACUAAACCCCCACCCUUCAACCUGCACCCCGCCCCUCACCUGCUGGCCAGUAUGCAGCUGCAGAAACUAAAUAGCCAGUACCACGGGAUGGCCGCUGCCACUCCGGGCCAACCCGGAGAGGCAGAGCCCCUGCCAAACUGGGGCUUCGGGGCUCAGGCGGGAGGGGCGGGAUCACUCUCUCCUUCUGCUGGUGCCCAGAGCCCUGCCAUCAUCGAUUCAGACCCUGUGGAUGAAGAGGUGCUGAUGUCACUGGUGGUGGAACUGGGACUGGACCGGGCCAAUGAGCUUCCGGAGCUGUGGCUGGGGCAGAAUGAGUUUGACUUCACGGCAGACUUUCCAUCUGGCAGCUGAUGCCAAUUGUUCCUAAAGAUGGAGGAAUAAAGCCACCAAUUCUGUUGUAAAUAAAAAUAAAAGUUACUUACAAAGA